GUUUUGCUUUCAUAGUUUUAUAGUUUUGCUUCAAUCACCCUUUUUAGUUUUUCACAAUUUCAUUGAGUUUGCUUGUUUGUUAUCGGGGUAUUGACUAUUGGCCGUACUUAAGUUAUUUUUGAAUGCUUUAUAGUGAAUGUGACGCUUGCACAUUAGUAUAUUUCACUACUUAGAUAAUAUUUAAUAAUAUAAUUACAUAUACAACCAUAGAAUUCUGACGGCUAAAAUGCAGUAUGCAGCAGCUGAAGACUGGCUGUUUUCCAUGUAAAUACGUUAUUAUAUUCCGUCAUUUAUCAUUUAUCAGUUUUUAUUUAGUGUAUUAGUAGUUAUCGCUGUAAUUACUAGAAUCCAAUCAUUUUUGAGUUUUAUUUUGCAUUGACGUUCCAUGAUCCUCAGUACCGUGACAUAGUCUAUUGUUUGUUUUAAAAUUUUACAAGUAUUUUAAUGGUUUUAUUGUGCAACAGUGUGAAUGACUGGAUUGCCUAAAGAUUUUAAAUCAAAAAAAAUCACUAUAAAAAUUGAUAAUAUGAAACGCAGAAGUUAUGGUGAUUCUCCUCCUAUGUCACGUAAAAAGCGACAUAGUAGUAUAAACAGGUAUGAUGGUAGUUCAGAUGAGAGAGGUUCACCCGAACGUAUACGCCGUAGAGCUCGAUCGCCACCAAGUCCUAGAGCAUCUAGGUAUUCAGAACGUGAUGAAUUUGGUCGAUCUAGGGAUAUGGAUCGAUCACAUCCCACUUAUAAAGUGUUGUGUGUGAGUGCCUUACAUUCCAAAGCAAGUGAUGAUCAAGUUAAAGAAACAUUAUACCGAGAAUACCGCAAAUUUGGUGAAUUUUCUGUUAGAAUAUCACAUGAACUAGAUGAAAGAGUGGCAUAUGUGUGUUUUAGAAGCUCAGAAGACGCUAGAGAUGCCAAACACAGUAAGCCUAGGAUAAGUUUGUUUGAUAAAAUAGCUUUAGUUGCACCAGUUUAUGAAGGCCGCAGUUCUAGAGAUCAUUAUGAACCAAGAGCUAGACGUUCUCGAUCUCAAAGUUUUUCUCCAGAUUUUGAUCGAUAUUAUCAUAGGUCUCCUAUUCCUCCAGAACUUCAUAGGCCACAUCCAGCGGAUAGGUUUUAUGAAAGGUUACCAUAUGGUGCUCUUCCCUCUAUGCUGCCGCCACGAGAUUUUCGAGAAAUAGGUUUGCCACCAUUACAUCCUCAUGAGCUUAUGAUACCUCGUGGACCAUUGUUGCACCAUGUGGCUCCUAUACAUCCUCAUUUAGGACCAAUUCAUCCAUUGUACGGACCACCAAGACAUUUUUUGCCUCCAUUUAGACCACACCCUCAUCCUCAUUUAAUGCAUGACAAAAAAGAUAAAUUUCCUAACUAUUUGCACCACAUUCCACCAGAAGAUGAUCCGUUAGCCACACGUACACUAUUUGCUGGAAAUUUAGAAAUUUCUAUUUCUGAUGAAGAACUUCGCCGUAUAUUUGGUAGAUAUGGAGUUGUGGAGGAUAUUGAUGUUAAACGACCAUUACCAGGAACAGGAAACGCAUAUGCAUUUGUUCGUUAUCAAAAUUUAGAUAUGGCUCAUAGGGCCAAAGUUGAAUUAUCUGGUCAAUAUUUAGGCAAAUUUCAAUGUAAAAUUGGCUAUGGAAAAUCUACACCAACACAACGCAUAUGGGUUGGUGGUUUGGGUCCUUGGACAUCACUUGCUCAACUAGAACGAGAAUUUGAUAGAUUUGGUGUUAUUAAAAAAAUUGAAUAUGUCAAAGGUGAUAUUUGUGCCUAUAUACAGUUUGAAAGCAUUGACGCGGCUACUGCAGCUGUUAAAGAAAUGAGAGGAGUGGCUUUGGGAGGCCCAGAACAUAAACUGAGAACAGAUUUUGCUGAUGGAGGUGUCUGUGGCAGUCCUACAUUAACCUAUUCAUCAAAGUCUAAGUCAUCACAAGAUGAUGUUGCUGCAACUGCAGGAGAUUUACGAGAACUUACUAGACGCGAUGAAUAUCCAUAUGGUUGGCAAGAUGGUGAGUAUCCUUAUAGUUCAAGAAGCUAUCGCAAAGGUCGUACAGAAUAUGGUGAAGAAAGCAGAGAAUUUGGAAAUUAUGAGAACGGUCGUUCAUUUAAGCAGCAUUCUGUUUCUGAUAUUGGUUCUCCUCGAUCACCUGAGCGAUCACCACUUCACCAAUCGAUUGACAGUGAUGUAGAAUCUGAAGAAGGAGCAAUACAGUCUGCAGGUCUUUUGAGUUCUGUUCGUACUCUAGGGGAUUUGGCUAAUAAAUGUACUGACAUAUGGCAAGGUAGUCUUGUAUUAAAAAGUUCUCAAUUCCCAGCUAAAUGCUAUUUAACUUCUGGUGAUUCAAAUGUCAUAGAAUCAAUGAUGAAAGAUGAAGAUGGUAAAUCAACUUUACGCAUAACUCAACGAUUGCGUUUAGACCAGCCAAAAUUGGAAGAUGUUUCCAAACGUAUAAUAACUGCUGAUAUGCAUGCCAUAUUUUUGGCAAUGCCUUGUUCUACUAACUCAAUUGUCAACGAUGAUGCAUUGGUACAAAUUAGACCAUUACGUAACUUAGUAUCUUAUUUAAAGCAAAAAGAAGCUGCUGGGGUUAUAUCAUUAAUAAGUAAAGAUCCUGAACCAGCUGGUGUACUAUAUGCUUUUCCUCCUUGUGAAUAUUCAGCCAAAUUAUUGAAACAAAGUGCAAAAAAUUUAAGUAGUGAAACAUUAAAAGAUGACCAUUUAGUUGUGGUAGUAGUUAGUGGGGGUGUUUCAUAAGAAAAUAUUCAUUUUUUAACCAAAUUUUCAAAUAUAUUUACCUAUUAAUAAUA